AUGUCCGAGUUUCCUUCUGAUCUGGAGGGAAAAGUUGCUUCGUCUCUACUCCUUCUCUCCACCGAGCCAGUGUUCUCUUCGCCUUCGAGAUUGGGACAUGAGAAAAACAUGGUCGUGGAGGGCAAGAGUCAUGGCCUCGACAGCUUGAGCUUGAGCUGUGCGUCUAUUGGAUCGAGAUCGUGUGGAUCGUCCCUGUCCAGCGAUGGUUCGUCUCAGAAGAGCAGUGAUCGCGAUUUCGAAAUAAACUCCAUAUUGGUGAUUAAGCCUGUGAAGAAACGCCGCUCAACUGUCAUUUGGACCGCCAUCAAUCUGAAGAAUCCGGUGUUAGGCCUCUGCAAGCAAUCCGAUGAUGAUUCCAAAGAGGAAUCAUGCUUGUCAAGUGGUUCGAGCGAGGUUUCAAGUGUAGAAAGCAGACUCAAAAUCAGAGAUUUGCCAACGAAUGAGAAGGCGAAUGAAGAGCCAAAGAAUAAAGAGAUUUGCAGGUCGAGCUCCAUACGCCGUAGAGCAGAUGCCAUCUUAGAGUUUCUUUCUGCUGGCUGUUCUUCUGAAGUUACCAUCCGCCAUGUGCUCGGCGAUAGCCCCGACACCAGCAAAGCUCUCAGAAUGUACUCUCUCUAUCUCUCUGUCCAAAGGCUUUCAGUGUGGGGUUUCCUCCUAAGUGCUACAAAUGCAGAAGCUUUGGUCGUGGUUUCAUAA